CGCAGGAAGGGCGGGCGUGCGCGUCCGGUCACGCGCGCGCAGUUAAAAGCGCUGAGCGCGGCAGAGAGACGGACACGGAGCCCGGCAGACAGCGCGUGGACGUCGCUGUGGUCAAUAAAUGACCGGUAAAGGAAGGGGUCUCCGCGGAUGAUAGGACUGGACACCUGCUGCCGAACUUCAUCUGACCGGGACGAAGAGGAUGCAUCAGUGACACUGAUCUAGACUCUUCAUGUUCUUCUCAUCACCGGUCAUAUGCUGCUGGACUCUGAAUGAAUUUUAACGUCACUGACUUUUAGGGCUAAAGAACCUUUUACAGCUGGCUACAGUGUAAUACCUGCUGACAACAUGAGCGACAGAUGACCAACCCUGCUCACCUGUGGGCCUCUACUGCUCUGACUGUCCCUUAAAGGACGUUCCCCUCGGGGUCAUUUCUCCGCAGUGGACCGGCGCUGAAACUUCUCUCCAAACUUUUGUUUUGCGCACUCGGUUAGGCGCUUGGUGUGAACACAGACUUUAAGCCGUCCUCUGCUCCAGGGUCGCGAAAUGCGCGUGCACACGCUCCGUCGCCUCGAAACGACAGCGCGCGCCAGGAGCCGCGCUCUACCCGCGCGCUCCCCGGCGUGCUGAAGACGAUGCGGUCUCCGCGCGCGGCCCGCCUCGGUCUGCUGGCGGCGUGCGCGUGCACGUGGCUGCUGGCGGCGCAGGGCUGCGGUCCCGGACCCGGCUACGGCGCGAGGCCCCGCACGCGCAGGCUGACACCGCUCGCACUCAAGCAGCACGUGCCCGGCGUGUCCGAGACGAACCUGGGCGCGAGCGGGCGCGCGGAAGGCAAGAUCACGCGCCACUCGGAGCGCUUCAACGAGCUCGUGUGCAACUACAACCCCGACAUCGACUUCAAGGACGAGGAGCGGACCAAAGCGGACCGCCUCAUGACCAAGCGCUGUAAGGAUUGCCUAAAUAAAUUGGCUAUUGCAGUUAUGAACCAAUGGCCAGGUGUUCGGCUGCGAGUGACCGAGGCCUGGGACGAAGACGACAAUCACCCAUCCGGCUCUCUGCAUUAUGAGGGUCGUGCUGUUGACAUCACCACCUCAGACAGAGAUGCAAAGAAAUAUGGCCUUCUUGCCCAGUUGGCUGUGGAAGCUGGGUUUGACUGGGUGCACUAUGAGUCGAAGUAUCAUGUGCACUGUUCUGUCAAAGCUGAUCACUCUGUCGCAGUGGAAAAAGGGGGCUGUUUUUCAGCAUCUGUACUAGUGACUAUGCCUGGGGGUCUGCAAAAGCCCAUGAUGUGUUUGCAGCCUGGAGACACCGUGCUUGCUUUGUCCGAGUCAGGCAAGGUGGUUUUCAGUCGCAUUCUCCUUUUCUUACAUCGGGACGCUAACAGUAGGUCCACUUUCUUGAUUCUCAGCACUGAAGAUGGGCAAGAACUUGCACUUACUUCCAAUCACCUUAUCUUUGUGUCUCAGAACUACAAAUUGCACCACCACGAGUAUCAUGCUUGCUUUGCCAACCGAGUUAGGAGAGGAGACUACGUGCUCAUUUCUGGAAGGGAUGGUGGGCUGUGUCCAUCCAAAAUAGUCUCCAUCUCAGUAGAGGAAAGAACUGGGGUCUACGCUCCAUUGACAGAACACGGCAACCUGUUUGUGGACGGCAUGCUGGCAUCCAGCUAUGCAUCCAUAGAGGAUCACAGACUUGCACACUGGGCUUUCGGGCCUCUUCGGUUCUUGCUUGGUCUGAAGCAGCUGUUUGUGGCCCAGACGUCGCAACCAGUAGACAGACAGUGUGUCUCCAAAGGACACAUGAAUGUGAUCCACAAUAGUUCAGGUGCCGUUCACAGCACAAGAUCAUGUUUAAAUGAACAUACUUGUUUGCGAUAUUUUGAUGACACCAAUGUCAGGGUUUACUGGUAUGCAAGGCUACUACACACUAUUGCGCAGAUGAUUUUGAAUCUUCAGAUGUUUUACGAAUAAAGAUCCAGGAAAAGCGCUACAAAUGACAUUUCUCUGCGGGGGCAUUACAAUUCUAACCACAUAAAACCUAUUCAUAGAAAAAACAUGCAAAUGAUACUGAAAUUGAUGAAGCUUUUCAUUAUAUGUAAUUCACUCACACAUGCAAAUCAGGUGUUCCAUUCACUUCCAUGGCCACAGGUGUAUAAAACCAAGCACCUAGGCAUA